AUGCCACCCAUCGCCAUCCGCUUCCUCGUCCCUCCCCCGGCGCGGGAUGGCAGAUCCGCACACAGACCCCACCCCUACAUCGUGCUCGACAAAACUUCCCCCUCCUCUCCUUCCCUCCCCACCCCUCCUGCGAGCGAAGGAGAUGCCUCCUCUCGCCGUAGUUCGAGCACCACCAUCCUCAACGCCAACGCACCCAUCACCCCCGCCUCUCUCUCCGCCCCCAAGCCUUCCAGCGCGUCCCCCAUGUCGAGCCAGAGCCGCAAACGCAAGGCCUCUUUCGUGCUCCCCUCUCCCACAGAUCAGGCUGGUGGCGAGGGCAAGAAGGCCAAGAUGAUGGUGGUAAGGAUGAAGCCAGACUUUGGUACCAUCCUUGCGCGCUGUGCCGCUUACGACCCAACCGACGACGGGCACACAGUCAAGCCCACCCACUCUUCCGCCACCAAGACGUACCUCCACCCUUACUCUCCUGCGUCGGACUGGGGCAACUUUCGCUCGAACAAGCUGUCGCGAGAGGAGGAGGUGCGGGAGGAGAGGAUGAUGAAGGCCAAGAAGAUGGGCAAGGAGGAGAAAAAGACGAAGAUGGAGGGGGCGAUGAGGGUGAAGGAGCUCGUAAAGGAGAUGAAGGUCACUUUGGGUGGUGGAGUGUAUGUGCCCCCUACUGUUGAGGAGGUGGUCGUCGACACCCCGGAGGGCACGCCCCGCCCUACCACGGCCAAGCCAGGGCGAGGCAAAAAGUCUCUCUCGCCCGCAUCCAUCUCCACCCGCGCCAAAUCACACUCUCCCCUUGCGACAGAAACUCCCCUCGUAGCGGAUGCCCUCGCCAACCCCCCCAAGACAGUGCCGCUCGCUGCUGGCAAGGUCAAGCCGGGCAGACCCAAGAAGGUUACUGUGGUGGAGGCUAAGGAGAGGCCUAGUAGAAGUUCUGGAAGGACGAAGGAGACUGAGAAGAGUUGA